GAAACGUCAACAACUCAGAGGUGUUUGCUGUUUUAUUAUUAAAUUGUGAAUUGAGUGACAUUAACAUUAUUGAAACACUUUUCGGACACUGAAACACUAAAAAUGGACGAUGACGUACUGACAACUUUAAAGAUACUAAUAAUCGGAGAAAGUGGUGUGGGGAAGUCUAGCCUUCUGUUGAGAUUUACAGAUGACACAUUUGAUCCAGAACUUGGAGCCACAAUCGGUGUUGAUUUCAAAGUGAAAACCAUUUCAGUGGAUGGGAACAAGACAAAACUAGCUAUAUGGGAUACAGCAGGUCAAGAGCGUUUCCGUACACUUACACCCAGUUACUACAGAGGAGCACAGGGAGUCAUACUCGUGUAUGAUGUGUCACGGCGAGAGACGUUUACCAAGCUGGACAACUGGCUCAGUGAACUUGAGACCUACUGCACAAGGAACGAGGUGGUUAAGAUGCUGGUGGGAAACAAAAUAGACAAGGAGGACCGUGAGCUGGACAGGAGCGAGGGCCUGAAGUUUGCUAGAAAACAUUCCAUGCUUUUUAUAGAGGCCAGUGCUAAGACAUGUGACGGCGUUCAGUGCGCAUUUGAAGAGCUGGUGGAGAAGAUUCUGCAGACUCCUGGACUGUGGCAGAGUGAGAACCAGUCUAGGGGAGUGCACCUGUCUGAUCAACAGAAACAGGGAGCCGGGGCCUGUGGAGGCUACUGCUCACUCACUUAACACAUACUCAUAUCCAUUCACACGUGCACACACAAACACGCACGCGCACA